AUGGCCGACAUUACGUUAUUUAGUUACCUUCUAGAAGUAGAUGUCCUAGAAACCAACAACAACGAAGCUAAUAAACUGAGCCCAUGGAAGUUUGAAACCCCUUUCAAAAAAGAUAAUAAGUUGAAAAUACUUAACGAGAAAUUUCGUAAUGAUAUUGACAUUGAACAAGAACUUGGAACCACUGAUGAUUCACCUUCCAUCCCAAUGAAACGACCGGGUGAACUUCAAUUUUCUAACCGUGAACCUGUUGCUCCUUUUCAAAGAGAUUUUUGGAAUGAUCCUAAAGCAAAAACAGUCCUUAAAUUCAGAUGGUGUUACAAAACUAACUUCAUAUCAACACCAUUAUCCGAGUAUAUGAAAGUUGAAAAGAACGAAAUUAUAUUGUAA